AUGAAAUUUUAUUAAAUUGUAAAGCUGAAAAGAAAAACUCAAAUGAGGCCUAUGAGUGCUCAAGUCACAAGUAAUAAAAACUAUUAGCAAAAUCAGUAAACACAAAAUGAAAACAACUAACUAAAUGAAAAGCAUAAAGAGAAUCAUAAAAAUAUUCGAAAUAAUCUUAAUAUUGAGCCAAAAUAGUUUUUUCUACCAUCCGAUAAAUAGUUUAUUCAAAAGGUUCCAUAACAUCCUUAGUCUGCAAAAAGCUACAAAUCUGUUGCAGGAUAAUAACACUUGCAACAGUAAAACUUCUUCUAAAAUAAUAAUGAAGAAGCUAAUACUCUUCCUUUAUCAAACACCUAAGCUUAGUCAAAUAAAUUUUUUUUUGCAAACAAAACUUUACAUAAUGCUAAAUCUUCAUAAACUAUUGGGUUUUCUAAUACGUUGAUGAACAUUAUUGAUAUCGAUAGUACUAAAUCUAUGAAAAAACUGAUGCCAAAAAAUAUCAAAAAGGCGAAAGAGGUUUUAUAUGAAGGCACACUAAUUGUUAAAGAGAAAUGCAAUAAAUUAGAAAAUGAAAAUACGAAACUUAAAACUUAAAUAAUUUAGCUUUAAAAGCAAAAUAAUAAAUAAUAAAAAUUACUUUAUGAGAUUGAAUAAUCUUAAAAUAGUGGGUAAACUACCCUCUUGUCACAACCAGCAGCAGAUAAUUUACUGAUAAUGACCCUAAAAAAAGAGCAAAAGAUUUUAAAAGACGAAAUAAAUUAAAAAGAAGCUGAAAUAUAAAGUUUGAAAAGGUCAGUUCGCUAAACUAGAAUUGAAGAGCUAGAGAUAUAAUUGAAAUGCUAUAUAGAAGAAACACUUAGAUUGAAGGCUAAGAUAGAUUUGAUGCAGAGAGAGAAACAAAGGAGUGAUUAGCAUCAUGAGACAUCUUACUAAAAAGAAGGGAAAGUAUUUUUAUUAAAUCAAAUUGUGGACAAAUUAAAAUAAGAAAAUUAUGAGCUCGCUGCUCAGCUCAUUUAGUCUUAAUAACGAUGCUAGGAGUUGGAAGUUAGAGAUGAAAUAGAUGAGAAGAUUUAUAAGCGAUCCAGUUAAAUCUAAAAAUUAUAAUAAUAAAUAUAAAUACAAGAAACUUUAAUUACAGAAUAACAAAACAAAACAAAAAUUUUAGAAGAAGAGCUCUCAAAAGCCAAACUCUAAAUCCAGCAUUAUAAAAUCCUCGAACAAGACUAUUAAACUAGACUUAUAACUGAAUAACAACUACUGAAGAAAAUGGAACACUAAGAAUUACACAACUAAGAUCUCGAAGCUAAGUUAGCCGCCCUUGAACUUGAGUAUCAAGAAAAUCAAAAGAAGCAUUAAUAAGAGAAAUAGCAAUUGUAGAUUGAGCGUGACAACUACUAGGAGCAAGCCUAAAAUGGUAAAUAUAAAAAUCCUGGAGAGAGAAUAGUAGAAAAACAAACAAAGAACUACUAAAAUUACUAAUACCCUAGUAGUUUAUCCCACAUUGAAGAAGAUGAAGAUAUGUUCUUGAGAACUAAGAAUGGAUAUGUUCGUACUCUUCAAGAAAUUAAUAGAGAAAAAGAAAUUUAUGAACGUCAAAAUGCUAAAAAGAGAUCCUAUAAAACAGUAGCUCCAGUUUCUACAGAUCAAAUUUCUGAAGUAUGCAAGACUAUCAACAACAAGCUCUCCUUAAAGAAGAUCUCAAUAGAUACACUUGUUAACGAAUACAUUUUCAAGGAGCCAAUAAAGUCAAAGGGAAAGAUCUCAAUUGAAAAUCUUUACAAUAUCUUUACUGAAGAGCCUUUUGGAUUAAACGAAAAAGAUGCUGAAAAUUUAGCUCGUUAUUUAAUAGAAGACAACCAAGAAGAAAUGAUUCAGUUCAGAAAAACUAUGGAAGCAGAAAAUUUAUUAGUAAAAAGUAGAGUAAGGUUUGUCAUUGGUAAAGUUAAAAUUUUCACCCAUGAAGAAGAAGAAAAGUUAUUUUAGGAAAUAGUUGAGAAAGUUAAAAAGUAUGGAGAUGGUCUCUAUUACUAGCUCACUCUUAAUGGAGAUGUUAAGAAAACUCUUAAAGUUACUAAAGAUUAAGUUAUUAGAGCUAUGCAAUACAUCGAUAUGGAAUUGAACAAGAAUUAAAGCGAAUAUUACUUCUUAAAGCUUUUUGAAAAAACACAAGACCCUAACAAGUUCAACCUUGAUGACUGCACCAAGAUUUUUGUUCAUUGA